AUUUCUUCGAAAAGGACUCGGACAUCCUAUUAAAGGAUCCAAUAUUCUGAUAAAACACUCACAAGCUACUGAGUGCAAAUCUUCAAUUGCAACUACUUUCUGCGAACUUCUGAUCGACCAUUGCAGAAUCCAACUAAUUGUUUCUUCAGACUUCUUCAGAGCAUUCUCCAGGACACUUCGAACGAAACAUGGCGAACGCGACGUCGGGUGUGGCGGUGAGCGAGGAGUGCAAGGCGAGGUUCCAGGAGCUGAGGGCGGGGCGGGCCCACAGGUUCGUGGUGUUCAAGAUCGACGACGCGAUGCGGCAGGUGGUGGUCGACAGGGUGGGCCCACGCGACGCCGGCUUCGACGAGCUCACCGCCAGCCUCCCCGCCGACGGCUGCCGCUACGCCGUGUACGACCACGACUUCACCGUCAGCGACGCCACGGCCACGGCGGCCGCCGGCGAGGGCGGCGAGGCGCCGCGCAGCAAGAUCUUCUUCGUGUCGUGGUCGCCGGCGGCGGCGGACGUGAGGAGCAAGAUGGUGUACGCGAGCUCCAACGAAGGGUUCAAGAAGGAGCUCGACGGCGUCCAGAUCGACCUGCAGGCCACCGACCCCAGCGAGCUCACCCUCGACGUGCUCAAGGACCACACCUCCUAAUUAAUCACGCCGUUAAUUACCUCGAUUUUCCAAGUAAUUACGUUGGCAUUGCAGCCCAUGUGUAUGUGUGGUUUGUACGGCUUGCUUGGUGUUUGGAUUGUGUACGUGUGUGGUUAAUUUACAUUACGCGAAUAAUAAAGAGACGAUUAAACCGGUGAUCGGUCGAUCGCGCUUGCACCUUAA